AUGGGAAGCCCAAUGUCAGGGUUGUUAUGCGAACUGGUUUUACACAACUUAGAAAAGCAAGUGGUUAAUAGCUUCAAAAAAGAUAUUGUAUUUUACAAAAGAUAUGUGGACGAUGUGUGCACUAUAUGGAGAAACAACGAAAGAAUACACGAGUUUAUACAGGUGAUUAACAACAACAACAAUGAUGGUUUGAAACUGAAACUAGAACAGAAGAGUCACGAAAGAAUACAUUUUCUAGAUAUUGACAUACAAUUAAAAGGAGAUUGCAUAACAAUGAGCAUUUACAUAAAACCUACACACAAUCCUCUCUACAUACCAGCUAAUUCGAAUGAUCCGCAUGAAUACAAAAUGUCAGCAUUUCGUGCACUCAUUAGGACAGCAUUUACUUAUUGCUCCAAUGUAUUGGACAGGAUUAAAGAGAUUGACAGAAUUAAGGAAGUAGCUUCAAAUUAA